GCGUGCGCAGAGGAUGCUGCUGCGGAGCCUGGCUGGGGGAGGCCGGUCGGCGGCUGCUGCUGCGCGCGCUGCGGGGCCGUGGCCACUCUGCAGCUGGGACCCGCGCCCAAGGCUUCCCGGAGGCAGCAGCAUUCUCUACAGGCCUCAGGCCCGGAUCCAGGUCCGUGACGGCCACGGAGAGUCUGGGAAGGACCACGCAGAGGGGGGCUGUCCGUCAGGUGCAGAUGGCACCAGGCAGCCCAAGUCCUCCCUGCCCGGUGCAGGCCCGGCAGAAGCCCGGUAUCCCCCUCCCCCUGAGCUCCAGCCCCCCACAAACUGCUGCAUGAGUGGCUGCCCCAACUGCGUGUGGGUGGAGUACGCAGGUGCGCUGCUGCAGCACUACCAGGAUGGUGGGGAGCACGCCCUCGCUGCCCUGGAGGAACACGUGGCUGACCAGAACCUCAAGGCCUUCCUCAGGUUGGAGAUCCAGCUCCGAGUGAGGAGUGGAGGCUGAGCCGACUCGCCCGAACACCCACACAGGCUCCAGCCAGACGGCUCCUCCACAGGCAGCAACACGGAGCUUUUUUCUCGGCCCUUCACGUGGCAGGUGUCAGACGGCAGUAGGAAGCAUCAUUUACUGACUUUAUCUGAGAAUAAAUAAGUUCUUGUGGUGGUUGGA